CGGCCCGCUUCCCGCUGCCCAAUCAGUGCGGCGGGGCCGGCGCUCCGGCUCCAUAAAGCGGCGGCGGGCGCGGCCCCCGGGAGCCGAGCGUGGGAGCCCCGCGCCGAGCCCCUGCAACCCUGCCCAGGACAGCCCUCGUCAGCUCCGCAGCCAUGGCCACCUCGGCGAGCUCCCACCUGAGCAAAGCCAUCAAGCACAUGUACAUGAAGCUGCCGCAGGGGGAGAAGGUCCAAGCCAUGUACAUCUGGAUCGAUGGGACUGGGGAACACCUCCGCUGCAAAACCCGCACACUGGACCACGAACCCAAGAGCCUGGAAGAUCUCCCCGAGUGGAACUUCGAUGGCUCCAGCACCUUCCAAGCUGAAGGCUCCAACAGCGACAUGUACCUGCGACCUGCUGCCAUGUUUCGGGACCCUUUUCGCAAGGAUCCCAACAAAUUAGUUCUCUGUGAGGUCUUCAAAUACAACCGCCAGUCUGCAGAGACAAAUCUCCGGCACACCUGCAGGCGGAUUAUGGAUAUGGUGUCCAACCAGCACCCCUGGUUUGGGAUGGAGCAGGAGUACACCCUUCUGGGAACAGAUGGUCAUCCAUUUGGCUGGCCUUCCAAUGGCUUCCCUGGACCCCAAGGUCCAUACUACUGCGGUGUAGGAGCUGACAAAGCCUAUGGCAGAGACAUUGUGGAGGCCCACUACCGAGCGUGCCUGUAUGCUGGUGUGAAAAUUGGAGGAACCAAUGCAGAAGUGAUGCCUGCCCAGUGGGAGUUCCAGGUGGGACCAUGCGAAGGGAUUGAGAUGGGGGAUCACCUCUGGAUAGCACGCUUCAUCCUCCACCGGGUGUGUGAAGACUUUGGUGUCAUCGUGUCCUUUGAUCCCAAACCCAUCCCUGGGAACUGGAACGGUGCUGGCUGUCACACCAACUUCAGCACCAAGAACAUGAGGGAAGACGGGGGACUCAAGCACAUUGAGGAAGCCAUCGAGAAACUGAGCAAGCGUCACCAGUACCACAUCCGUGCCUAUGACCCCAAAGGAGGGCUGGACAACGCCCGGCGCCUGACGGGCUUCCAUGAGACAUCCAACAUCCACGAGUUCUCCGCCGGCGUUGCCAACCGCGGCGCCAGCAUCCGCAUCCCACGCAACGUGGGCCAUGAGAAGAAAGGCUACUUUGAGGACCGCCGGCCUUCAGCCAACUGCGAUCCCUAUGCUGUGACGGAGGCCCUCGUCCGUACGUGUCUCCUCAACGAAACUGGGGAUGAGCCUUUUGAGUACAAGAACUAAGUGGAAUCAUGCCCACAGACACCGCCUUCCCCCCAUGCUUCCCACACCCCUAAACUUCCCUUCUAGUUGUAAUCCUGAGGGUACAAGAUAACACACUUCGUGUCUCAGUAACUCUUGUUGUUUUGAGGUGGGGGAGGAGGGCAGGUUUAGUUUUAAUGAUGUCUAUUUGUCGUUGACUCUUCAAAAGGCGAGAGGAGGAGCAGAGGGUGUUAGAGAAUUUUUAACCACUGUUUUGUUUUAUUGUUGUUUUUUUUUUUUUGUCUAAUUCAUCCGUACAUCCGGUGGGAUCCAAUGGCUUCCAGGACAGGCUACACAUAGAAAGAAGCCAGCAGACAAGAGGAAAGUGAAAAUUACAGCUGACUUCCCCAAAUUUGGGUGUUAGACCCAACGCUGGUGCUCUGUGGGCGGAUGGUUCUCAAGGCAUAGCAUCCCAAGAAGGGCAGGGAGGAGCUGAGAUGAGGCCCCGCUCUGUCCUGGGGUGUGAUGGGGAAGUCUUCAGCCUCUUGGCCCUGUCAGAUUUCUAGGAUUCUUCUUGGCAUUGAGCGUGUGGUGUAGGAGCACUUAGGAAAGCUCCUUGUUCUGUCAUUGGAAGUCAAUUGAUCUCCUGCUCAUAACACAGAGUGAAGUAGUAUUUUUCUAUUUAAAUGUAAAAACAAAACAAAAAAAUUAUAUAUGAAAGUGGGGGGUUUUGUGUUUCUGGUUUUUGGGUUGUUUUUUUUUUUCUUUUGAAGAAGAAAAAGAUGAUGUCCCAGGGACUUGACCACAAGAGUGGGCAGAGCUCAUGGGGGUGCUGCCAGAGGGCCUUCAGGUGGGACUGAGGGAGAGCUUGAAGGGCUCAGUGGGGAAGACUCAGAGGAAUGCAGCUUGCAGGAGGCAAUUCCCAGACCUGGGAAGCCCACAGGAACGUUUAUCACUGUAACUCAAGUAGCCAUGAAGUGCUUGUGUGGAUGAGGGGGAGGAAGGUGUUCCGAACGAGGAGUUGGCUGGUCAACUUCACCAUGUUCUGGACAGAGCUGUGGGUGCUUCACUUUCCGGUGGGGUUAGCACGUCACUAAAGCAGGGCUUUUGAUAAAUGAAAUUUUAGAUGACUUUUUUUUUUUUUUUCUUGUAAUGUACUUAGUUUAUAAAACUGAGUGAUUUUACAGAGACCGUCGAUGUCACUGUUGUGUCCUGGCUAUGGGACUGCCUGCCUCUGCUGAUUGUGGCUGGGAGGAGGGGAAGGAUCCAUCCCUCCCAGGCAGCCCUGUGCCUCCCAGCUCGGGCUGGGGGUUCAAACGUUCCAGGAUCUUACACUUCGGGUAUCUUAGAUGGUGCCAGUUAUAUUCCGUUGCAUUUGGACUUCUUCCGAAUAGUUUUUUUAUAAUUAAAAAAAAAAAGAGAGAUUGAAAUGUUAA